GCGCCCGCGCGUGCGCCCCACGACGCCAGGCCACCACCUUCCCGCCGGCCGGCCCGGGGCAUCGCCUCCCCUCCCUGCCGCCCUCCCCCCACCACAAAGUCAAAAUCCGACCCCGAGAGCUAUAGCUGAGAGCCACCGCCACGUCCCAUUGCUUCCCACGCGCGCGCGUGCACAGGAGCCGGCCGACGUGACGACCAGACGAACCGCGUGCGCGAACGAGGCCGGCGCGGCGAUCGACGACCGACCGACCGGGACCAUGCCGCGCGGCCUCGGCUCCGGCGGCGAGGAGGCGGUGGACCUGUGGGCGAUGGCCGCCGAGCUGGAGCGGCAGUUCGCGGGGUACAAGCAGCGGCUCGCCGAGCGGGGCGGCAAGGCGGCGCGCGAGCGCGACGGCGACGCCGCCGCCGCCGCUUAUUACGACGGCACGGGCGGUGUCGGCGUGUACGAGGCGGCGGAGGCUGAUGAGGCGGGAGGCCGCGGCGGCGGCGGCGGCGGCAGCAGCGACGUGAGGGGGAGGAUGUACGAGGCGUACGUGCGGCGGAGGGACGAGCGGCUGCGGGAAGGGUGGCGCGCGCGCAUGGAGCGCAAGGAGGCCGAGGUCAAGGCGCUCUGGGCGCAGCUCGAGCUCACCGGCCGCGCCGGGGCUGGCGCCGAGAGGGCGCCCGGCGGCGACCCGACGCCGACCACGACGGACGGCGGCGCGGCCGCCGGAGACGAGAGGGAAACUGAGUGGAACGACGACGACAAGAGAAGGAGCUCGGACACUGCUCUUGCUCCGAGGAGGAUCACCGGCAAGAAGCACGCGCGGACCAGGAGCUUCUCGUCCUCCAUCACCACGAACAGGAACCGCUCCGACGUCGGGAGGCGGCGGGCGCUGUCGCAAGAACCGCCGCCGUCAGAGCCACACGCCUCCGCGGAAGGCAGGAAAGAUAACCGAGUGCGCCCGGCCGGCGGUGCGUCGACGGCGACAACCUCCGGGACGGCGAGACCUAAGACGUCCUUGCGUCGCAAGAACUCCGUCAGAGGACACGUCUCAGCGACGCCGGCGGGGCCCAAGCUGCCGCGCUCUCUGCCCCGACGGGCUAGCUCCGGCGGCCUCGAGGCUCUUAGCAGAGAGGCUGUUCUGCCGAUUGCCGAUGCGCCUGCGUCAGUGCAGAGCAGCUCGAGCGAGUGUGUUGCCCAUGGCGAAACCCCGAACGUUUCUCAGCCGAGGCCGUUCAUCGUCGAGGACGACAGCGGCGGCGGCUGUGCAGCGGACGAGCGAAGAGACGCCUCGCCGGAGUCAGAUCGCGGCGAGGUGGUCGAAGCUGCGUCAGAUGGCAAACCUGAAGCGAAAAACGCUGACGUCGAGGAACUCUGCGAAGAGAAGGUCGACGCCUCUCCUGACGAGCUUGGCAAUCCCAUUCCCAGCGGAGAGAUCACCAGUGACUCGGAGACCGAGCCGAGCUACGUCUACAUCAACAAGGACAACGCCGAGGAGCAAGCCAUGACGGUUCCUGAACCUUUGAAAUUGGCUGGUUCUUCGGAUGCCGCGCUAGAUUCAGACACGAGGACAAACGAAGAGAAUGGUGAAGGGAUGCCGGCACCAGCCGACGCCACCGCCGCGGAAAUCGCGACGACGAACGCCGAGGAAGCGCCGGCCAGAGAGAGCUCCGACGAGUCUUUGUUCUCUGUCAGGUCAGGGCUGAUGAGCGCGCGGCCAUCAUGCAGCUCUCGGGAUCAGUCCAUCGAGAGGCUGCUAGAAGCAGAUGCCGUCCUUCUGCGGAAGAAGCGCGAGGAGCGCGCCGAGAAGAGCACGCCGAAGACGCCGGGCAGCGCGGGGAGCAGGGCGGUCUCCGACGUGGUGCGGUCGCCGAGAGGUGCGGUGAGGGGAUUCAAAAAGUUCCUGAGCUUCGGCAAGAAGAACAGAGGCCGGGAGGUCACCGUCAUCGACUGCCCGUCGCCGUCUGUGCCCUCGCUGGCGGACGACGACAGCACGAGCGGAGGGUGGCAGUCCGCUGGUUCGAUCAAGCCCAGGAUGGGCUCCUCGGAUGCCGCCUUUGAUGAUAGGAAUGAUACAGACCAUGGCUACGCGGUGUCCCCACGAGUUUCAGCUGCUUGCUCUUUGCAAAGCCUUGUAGCUGCUUCUCCUGCAAAAUCUGAACUAGCUGAGAUAGUUCCACAAGAGAAAUCGCCCAAAGCUCCACGAUCAUUCUUCUCAUUUAGAUCGCUCAACUGUGGAAGGGGUUGAUUGAUUCAAGGCGUUGCCAGUGUAGCCGCUGUAAAUUCUAGAAAUAAAGGCUUCAAAAUUAGGUUGCUGAGUGAAAUCUGAUGAUGUAACUUGUGCUUUACGUGCUGUUUCCUUGUUGAUGCCGGUACGACUUCUGUGGAGUGAUCUGUUAUUCGGCCAGAUGUAUACAUUAACAGUAGAUUUACUGUUGUUUGUACAGAUCCAUCCCUUGUACUCAUGCAUAUGAAAGGCUAGAAAUGGAGAAGUUCUGAAUCUUCUCCAGUUUUUUCUGGUACA